CUGGGACAACCCGCAGGCUUCGCCGCCGAGACCCACGGGCUUGCGUCCCUUGGUGUUGGGGUUCAGCUGGUUCUGGGGCCCCGCUUGCGGCUUGUCUGUGUGCAGACAGGCCGGGUGCGACCCUCGUGCUUGCCUUUUCGGCGCUCCGGGAGAGGCUGGGGCUGCCGCCCCGUCGCCCGGGUCCCUUGCCUGGGGCGGGGACAGCGUUGUUCAGUGGCCGGGAGGGCGCAGCGCGGAGGAGCAGGGGCCACGGGCGGCGGACCCCAGGCCUGCUGCUGGUGCUGCUUCUGCUGUGGCCGGCGCCCCAGGCCGACGGAACGUCCUUUCUUCUUGAGACGUGGUUAGUUGCAUCAGGUUGGAUGUGAAUAAUCCGGUACCUGUCUGAGGAAAUUUUGCGUUUCCAGGAAUUUGUGUUCUUGGGGAAGAUCCCGACUAAGCCAUUUUCCAGUGGCACCUCUUCCACCAUGAGUUCCUGAGGCAGUCUGAUGGGGCUACUUUAUUCCAGAACAAUCACAAUUGAAGUAAAGCUCUUGGUCAAGUUCACCAGUAGGGAGUUCAGCUUGAAGAGGAUGCCGUCCCGAAAACAGACAGGGGUCUUCAGAGUCAAGAUUGCUGUGGUCACCAAGAGAGAGAGGUCCAAGGUGCCCUACAUCGUGUGCCAGUGUGUGGAGGAGAUCGAGCGCCGCGGCAUGGAGGAGGUGGGCAUCUAUCGCGUAUCCAGAGUGGCCACGGACAUCCAGGCACUGGAGGCAGCUUUCGACGUCAAUAACAAGGACGUGUCGGUGAUGAUGAGCGAGAUGGACGUGAACGCCAUCACAGGCAUGCUGAAGCUGUACUUCCGUGAGCUGCCCGAGCCCCUCUUCACUGACGAGUUCUACCCCAACUUCGCGGAGGGCAUCACUCUUUCAGACCCAGUUGCAAAGGAGAGCUGCAUGCUCAACCUGCUGCUGUCCCUGCCGGAGGCCAACCUGCUCCCCUUCCUUUUCCUUCUGGACCACCUGAAAAGGGCCCCAGGGCUGAUGGUUGCUUUGGGUCUACAGCUACGUCUUACCCGCCUCCUGGCUCGAAAGCCUGUGUGGUGGCAAAGCCGGUGCGGGGCUGGGGAACACGGCGUUCUCCAGGAGGGGGACCCGGCUCUCCUUCUGCAGUGCAGGCAAAGGCCUAGAUGCCAGUGUGACCUCCCACAAGGCAUGGCUUCCAGACUCCCCGACCAGAAGUGAUGCUUUUUUGCCUCGGGCCCUGGGUUUGAAGCAGCCUGGCUUCCUCUCGGUAAGUGGCUGGUGUCUUAGCAGCUGCAAUCUGAGCUCAGCCACCUACACACCACCGUGGGGGAAAGAACUGCCGACACUUUCAUUAAAAAGUUUCCUGAGACGA